ACCCUCGCCUCCCAAGACCUGGGACGGGCCUCCCCAACCCUCCGGGGCACCGACACUCACGGAGUGACUUCAGCUUCUGGGUGCUCCGUGGAGCGAAGAGCGCUCUAGGACAAGCAAGGAUCGAGAAGUGCCCAUACCCUGUGCCUUUCAUCCACACUAAUUUGGCUGCAGUGGCUCUCGUUCAAGGGACGAUCACUUCGGAUAGCUUAUUACAGCUCCUCUCAUGACAUUCCUGGCAUGCAUGUCACAAGUUGCUAGCAUCAAGAACGGAGUCAGUUUUGCUCUCAGCGGCUCUUGGGGCCACCAGCCAAGGUAAUUCCUCCUCUCCUGUAAAUGACCACAGAGGAAGACAAUGAAUGAGGUGAAAGAAUUGCUUCGCGGCAUCGAGCAGAAGUACAAGCUCUUCCAGCAGCAGCAGCUCACCUUCACUGCCGCUCUGGAGCACUGCAGGGAGAACGCCCACGACAAGAUCCGGCCCAUCUCCAGCAUCGGGCAGGUGCAGAGCUACAUGGAACACCACUGCAACAACUCCACAGACCGGCGGAUUCUGCUCAUGUUCCUGGACAUCUGUUCAGAGCUGAGUAAGCUCUGCCAGCACUUUGAGGCCGUGCACUCUGGCACCCCAGUCACCAACAACCUCCUCGAGAAAUGCAAAACCCUCGUUAGCCAAAGCAAUGACUUAAGCAGCCUCAGAGCAAAAUACCCUCAUGACGUGGUGAACCACCUCAGCUGUGACGAGGCCCGGAACCACUACGGAGGCGUGGUCAGCCUCAUCCCCCUCGUGCUAGACUUAAUGAAAGAAUGGAUUGCCCACUCUGAGAAGUUGCCACGCAAGGUGCUGCAGCACGUGAGUGAGCCCCAGGCACGCCAGGAGAGCACCAGGGGAGCCGCUCGUCCUGCCCAGGCCAUAGGCACCCAGCCCGGGGCCACUAAACACAAGUGUAGACAGCUCACCAAAGUCAGCCUCAAACCCAGGGGAUGUUCAAAACCGCCCUGGAGGCCUCCUGGUGGGAAACUGUAACUCAGAGCCAGGGAGCUACAUCGGUGGAGAGCUUUGCUAUUUAAUUUGGAUUUUACUGGUUGGUCCUUUUUUCAUUGGUACCCACGGCCCCUGCCACUUACUAACCCCAAAGGGAAUCAGCCAAUAUAUUACUGAGACUUCCUCUCUCUCUCUUGCUUUAACUUUUUUUUUUUUUUUUUUUUUGAGACAGAGUUUCGCUCUGUUGCCCAGGCUGGAGUGCAGUGGCGUGACCUCUGCUCACUGCAAGCUCCGCCUCCCGGGUCCACGCCAUUAUCCUGCCUCAGCCUCCCGAGUAGGUGGGACUACAGGCACCCGCCACCACGCCUGGCUAAUUCUUUGUAUUUUUAGUAGAGAUGGGGUUUCACCGUGUUAGCCAGGAUGGUCUCAAUCUCCUGGCCUCGUGAUCCGCCCUCGUGAUCAGCCUCCCAAAGUGUUGGGAUUAUAGGCGUGAGCCACUGCGCCCGGCCCUCUUGCUUUAACUUCUAAUGUUUCCGCUUCUAAGCAUCAGGCUCCGUGCUGAUGAAGAGGAAACCCACUUACAGGAGUUUCCCAAACAGGAUGGCGUGGUAGAGGGUCCAAGGAGGGCACUGAACUGUCACCUAGGUCCUCUUUGAGCCACAUCCGGCUCCAGUGCCAGGCCUGUCCCUGCUGCGGGCUGCAGCUUUGCAGUGAGCCACCAAGCUGGAGACCAUACGCUCCUUGCCCCACCACCAGCCCCAACUGUAGGCAAGGCACAUGCUGUUUGCGAGCCAGGGAUGCUCCCCUCCAGGAUGGAGUGGGGGUGAGCAUGUGGAACACAGUGUGUUUACAUUUUAUUGUUAUUUUUUGAAAUGGAGUCUCACUCUGCCUCCCAGGCUGGCAUGCAGUGGCAUGAUCUCGGCUCACUGCAACCUCCACCUCCAGGUUCAAGCGAUUCUCCUGCCUCAGCCUCCUGAGUAGCUGGAAUUACAGGCACCCACCACCCCACCUGGCUAAUUUUUGUAUUUUUUUUUUAGUAGAGACGGGGCUUCACCAUGUCGGCCAGGCUGGUCUUGAACUCCUGACCUCAACUGAUCCACCCACCUCGGCCUCUCGAAGUGCUGGGAUUACAGGUGUGAGCCACCGCAUCUGGCCAGAACUCAGUGUGUUUAGUUCUCUGGACCACAGCCAAAGGGGAAUAAACCCACCUUCCCUUCUCCUUUACUUGGGAGAGGGAGACCAUGACCGAAGCCAGAAUUCUGAUUUUACGGCUCCUGAGCAAGGGCAGUGACCUGGUUUUCACAGCAUAGUUGAACCCCAAACAUUGUAAAAUGUGUCCCUGGCUUCUGAGCUUGCCCAAAGUAAUGUCUGACUGUUGGUUUUUCCCUUCACAGGGGACGACUUAGCUUCUGUAUUGUUGCUUCCUCAGGGGGAGACAGUCGAGAAUAAAAAGUAUUCUACCACCUCUC